AAUUAACUAGCUACAUGAAAAACUACCAAGGUUGCUAGUUAACGUUAGCAUUAUAGCUAGCUAAGUCUCUUUGCAUACAAUUUAAAUCAUCCCAAGGUACCGCUAUCUAGCUACAUGAAAUGGUAACGCUAGCUAGCUAUCAAGCGGUCUAAUACAACACAUCAGUUGGUAGCUAGCUAUAUAACGUUAGAUUUAGAGCAGGUUAAAAAAAAAGGAAUUCCAUUCUUUCAUUGCCACAUCGUCGAUGACAAGCUCAGGCAUUUACGUUGGUGUUUUUCUCAAGCUAGCUACUACUUUUAUACAACUAAGUUCUCUUGCUACCGGUUAGCUAGGUAGUACUAUUUCGCAAACGCUGGAAUAGGAGUUUUAUUCCAUGAACAUAUAUAGAACCUAUGAUUCCAGUAACCAGACACUUAUACAUUGGUUAAAUUGUUAAGUUAAGACUAACGUUAUAAUUACUAUAGUUAGUAUACUAUAGAUGAUUACUGGCAAACAUUUUAUUAUCUUUCUCAGCCCUGGGAAGAACCGGACCAGAAUAUUUAUGGCAUAGCUAGCUAUAUCAGACUUGUGGGGAUUUUGACCUCCACCAAUGAACACCAUGUCCCCAAGGAAGAAGCUUUUUGUCCCUGUCAGUAGAAGAAGAAUGGCCAAAGCAGGGGACGACUUGUUCCCUUUCAAUCUUCUGCCGUUGGAAUGCCAGCUCCAUGUGCUGUCCUUCCUUCCUGAGGUCGACAAGUGCAUUUCCGCGCUUGUGUGCUCCAGUUGGAGUUGCCUUGUGCGAUCAGGGAAGCUUUGGAGAGUGGCAGACUUUUCUCGCCAUGGAGUGCUCCACCUUGAACAGGAAGGACUGCUGGUGUCCAACAGAGAGUUUGAGCGUUGUAAGGCAUGGGUUCACCACUACACCCACCACCUCAUAUCCCAUCCGUGGUGCAAGCCUGCUCACCCUAAAACCAGAUUUGACCUGGGGGACCAGUGCAACAAGUGGGGGGAUUUUCUCUCUGACCUUCUAGAAAAUGUCCACUGCAGGGAUCUCAGCCAACUGGACCUGAACUGGACAUUCACACUACUGGAUUCACUGGACCUGUGGGUUGGCUCCAAUUCCCACCAUGACAACAUUACCAAGAUCAAGAUGGUCCAGUUCACUAACUUUCAGGUACUACUGGGCAAACUAUCCCACAGCUGCCCUCAGAUCACCAAGAUGCGCCUGCACUUUGACUGGUCUGAGACAUCAGUGUCACUCCUCACUCAGUUCCAGCACCUCGGUGUCCUUGAACUGAAGUACUUUUGGGUCUUCAAAGGGGUAAACCCAAGCACUUUGCAGAUCCUGACUAAGUCACUGCCCAACCUUAAGUCCCUGACAUUACAUAUCCUUGUGUCGCUCAGACACCUUGCCAUAUCUUACAGGCUGGAGUCCAUGUCUCUAGAGUUCCUGGAUGUAUCACCUGGUCGUAGUCUUCUCCAGUCUUAAUCUGCCAGCAUGACGAGAACUAAGGGCCAAAAAGAUUGGCCGUGGCAUUACUUUAGACCGUCGAACCAGGCUUAGGAUACAGAGCAGGUGGCCCUGUCUGUACCAGCUCCUAAGAGAGGGGACCCCCAAGCUACAGGCCCUCAACAAUGAGUGACUGCUUCCUGAUUGGAAAGGGGCAGAGUUCCAGAGAACUGUCAUCUAUCCUCCAGCAGUCCUGUUAUUGUCUCCAACACCUGGACAGUUGGCUCUGGUAAACAAAAUGCUCAGGGUCCAAUCCAAUGUUGGCUGGAACAUUUUAGCUUAUUCCAUUGCACAAAAUGAUUGUGUAUUUGAUUUUUUUA